UAACUAACCCAUUUUCGAUAAUUAACAAAAAAAGAAAAAAGCUAAAAAAUGGUGUCCCUGAGGUUCCCGUUCUUGUUUUCUCAGCCCACGAACCUCCCGGGCACCCCCCAGAACCAUCACCGGAAUGCCUCCUCGCGUCAUUUCUCCGCCACAUUGGCCGCAGCAACAGGCGUAGGAGCUGCGGCUGCGGCGGGCGUGGCAGUCGUCUCGCAGAAUCCGAAUCACCCGUUUCUCCAAAACGCAGUGAAUUUGCUCUUUCGGGAUCACUCUUCUCCUCCUUGGGGCUCGCUCUCUCUUGCUGAUGGCUCAGCUCCAGUUGUCGAAUCAAAGACUGGAGUUUCUUUUCCUUCGGUUCUGGGAAAUUCCCUUCGACUUCUUGGAAUUGGUUUGAGGAAAAAGAGCAUCCUGGGUUUGAAGAACAUCGAUGUCUAUGCAUUUGGUGUGUAUGCUAAUGGGGAUGAUUUAAGGAAGUUGUUGAGUGAGAAAUAUGGAAAAUUAUCUGCUACUGAACUUAAAGACAAUAAGGAUUUUAAUAAUGAUCUUAUGGAAGCUGAUAUAUGCAUGACUGUUAGACUUCAAAUUGUCUACAGCAAAUUAAGCAUCCGUUCUGUGCGUAGUGCUUUUGAAGAGUCAGUGGGAAGCAGACUCCAAAAGUUUGGGGGAUCAGAUAAUAAAGAAUUGCUUCAAAGGUUCACUUCUCAAUUCAAAGAUGAAUAUAAAAUACCAAUGGGAUCUGUGAUAGAUCUCAUAAGGGAACGAGGCCAUAUACUUAAGACAACAAUUGAUGGUAAAGAGGUAGGAAGUAUACAGAGCAAACUCCUUUGUAGAUCAAUUUUGGACUUGUACAUUGGUGAGGAUCCAUUUGAUAGACGAGCCAAAGAAGAUGUUGAGGUCAAUGCAGCAUCUUUCCUACAGAAGUAGAUGAGGAAUCAUCAAAAGGCACUCAGAACCUUUCUUUUUUCCUCGUUUCAUUUUCUUCCACCAUUUAUAUUGUGUUUCAUGGAACUGGUUUCUUUAUGCCUUUUAUAUGCAUGAAAAGACUCUUCUAAGUUUGUUGUUAGAGACUGAAACGUCUGGCAGUAUGUUAUCCCUCAGGCCCAAACCACCCUAAGAAAAGUUAUAGCACUUACUUGCGUUGACAUGAUAUGAUAGAGGAGUGCAGAAGAAGCAGAAUUUUGGGAACUUAAGACACCACGGACCAUGAGUUAAUACUCAGACACAGGAUGAUGAGGAAUGAACUUCACAUUCAAAGGCUUCCUUCAGGCGGACUGAUUUCGUCAGAGUUUCUUUUGUUGUUGUUUUGGUGUGUUUAGGGGCUUAGCCCCAUUCCCUUUGUGAAACAAAAUUCCACAUACAGCUGACAUAGAAUGUCUAAAAAGUUUAUUGAAAUGCUAUGAUCAUCAAUUUUUAGUCUACA